AUGUCAGCUGGCUUCAGCUUACCGAGCGUCCCCAGUUCCCGCAACAUCUGGAUCACAGCAGAGAAACAAGGAGUGAAAGCAGCUACAUUCUUCUGGCCUUGGGUGAUUCCUCUGGAGAGAAGGAUUUUGACCAUCCUGAGCUGGCUGCAUUUGCCUGAUGAUGAAAGGCCGUACGUGUUUGCCGUGCACUCAGAGCAGCCCGAUACCUUCGGACACCGCCUGGGGCCACUCAGCAGUGAGCUGGAUAACCCUCUCAGGGAGAUCGAUAGCAUCAUCGGUCACCUGAUGAACGGUCUGAAGCAGAUGAACCUGCAUCGCUGUGUCAACGUCAUCGUCGUAGGAGACCACGGUAUGGAGGAGGCUCACUGCGACCGCACAGAGUUCCUCAGCAGCUACCCACUCAACAUAGAUAAGAUCCAGCUGAUCCCCGGCUCUCUGGGCAGAAUACGACCCCGAGACCCCAAAUCCUCCACAUAUGACCCAAAGGUAGUGGUUGCAAACCUCACUUGUAAAAUGCCGACGCAGCACUUCAAGCCGUACCUAAAGCAACAUUUACCCAAGAGGCUUCACUACGCUAACAACCGCAGGAUCGAGGACGUCCACCUGCUGAUGGAGAGGAAGUGGCACAUUGCCAAGAAAAUGCCAGAGAAAUUGAGGGCACGAUGCGGUUUCUUUGGUGACCACGGCUUUGACAACAAGAUAACCAGCAUGAGGACCAUAUUCAUGGGUCAUGGACCAAGCUUCAAGUUCCAGAAGAAAGUGCCAGAGUUUGAAAAUAUAGAAUUAUACAACGUCAUGUGUGAUUUGUUAGGCUUGAAGCCGGCCCCUAACAACGGGACGUACGGCAGCCUGAACGACAUGCUGAAAGAUCCUCCGUUCGAGCCCAGCAUGCCGGAGGAAGUGACCCUCCCGUCUCCAGCUGACCCUGACGCCGUCGUGACCCGUGACCUGGGCUGCAGCUGUGAUGAUGAGAAUAAGGUGGAGGAGACGAUUGAAGCCUUCAGUCCUGCCCCUGAUGGGAUGUACAGUUACAACAGCACUCACCUCCCGUUUGGUCGUCCGGCCAUCAUGUUUGAAACUCAGUACAGUCUGCUCCAUCAUGUGGAGUUCAUCAGCGGCUACAGCAAGGAGCUGGCCAUGCCUCUGUGGACAGCAUACACACUGCCACGACAGGUAGGUACACACACACACACACACACACACACGUUUUUUUACUGA